AUGGCAGACUACAGUAAAGAUCAGCCACCAUCUCAUAAUGCACAGGGAGCAUAUCCCCCUCAACAACAACAGCACCCACCUCAACAAGGGUACCCACCUCAACAAGUGUAUCCCCCCGCUCAAGGUCAGCCCGGUCAGGGUUAUGUUAUUCAACAACAUCCUCAACCUCAAGUUGUUGUGGUACAACAAGGAAACCAAGGAAUCCCUCCACAAACAAACUGUACCAUAGCCUGGAUAUCGUGUCUGUGUUUCUUUUGGCCGGUUGGACUGGUUGCUGUAGUGAAAGCUCACGAGGCAGAACAGUGUGUUGGACGAGGAGAUUUCGAGGGAGCAAGAAGAAGUGGAGAGGCGGCUAAGAAAUGGGCUAUUGCUGCAAUCAUCACACAAGUAGUUCUAGGAGUUGUUCUAGGAGUUGUCGUGGUAAUCAUCUACGCUAUCUCCAUCGCUGCUGUUGAUUCUGCUAUUGAUUCCGCUGUGUACGGUUAUGAUGGAAAGUAG